CACCGCCGCCGCUCGCUCAGCUACAGCAGUCGCUUGUUGAUUCUCCACGCAAUACUCAGUCCGACACGAUGGUGACAGUGACAGUAGCAGCGAUGUUGGCGGUGCUGGCAGUGGCUGUUCAGCCAUCAGCAGCCCAGAGUGGGAAGUGUGACGUGGUGCGAUGUGCCAACCCCAGGCAGGAAGAAUGCGGCCCCGCUGGUGGAGUCUUCAUAGAGGCAGACCGCGUCACCAGGUGCUGCGACGCCUGUGUCAAAUACGUAGGUGAGGGCGAGAAGUGUGGCGGCAGCCUCGUAAACAUACCGGUGCCCACAUGCCGUGCCGGCCUUGACUGUGACUCCGAGAGCAGCCUGUGUGUGCGUGCUGCAGGCACCGCCUAAUGAGAUCCGGCGCUGUUCCCGCCGUGACAGCAGUCAACAGGCCGCAAAUGGAGCAUCUGCCGCCAAUGCGUAGAUUGCUCUUUUAACCCUAGGAGCACCGAGUUAUUUUAGAUUACGUGGAGUGUCAACCAUGGGCAAAAUUUGCCCGUGUUGCGAGAGGCUAUAUACCUUGUAAUACGAAUUUAUUAUAAAAGAUUGUGUUUCCAAUAUGGGAUCAAAAAAAUGUGCUCCGUGACAUUAUAGCUAAAAAUGCAAACUUUGGAACAUAUAAAGUGUCCAGUUACUAUUUAUAUUUAUCUUUAAUGAAAUGUAACUGGCAACAGUGCUCAAAACUUGGAUAAUAAAAGUUUGUACAAACUU